AGUUGAAUUGUCUGGCCAAUUGUUAACACGUGACAUGCAAGGUGUCACGAACGUCAAAGUAGUCGCGGGAAUAGAAUUUUGUUCUUAUAAAUGUACAACUUUACUAAACAACUUUAUUAUUGUUCCAAAAUUUUUGGAGAGUGAUUACAGAGCGUUAUUUUUUGUGAUCUUUAUUUACAAAUUCGAUAUGGCUUCAUCUGGAUCUGAAACCGCUUCAAAAUCCAAGAAUCCUCACUUUUCUCAUCAGCAAAAUGUCGUUUUGAUUGACAUGAUUAUUGACUCUUAUGAUUAUUUGUUUGGAUGUCGUGUCAAACAGACAAAUUUUUCUAGGAGGAAGCAGAUCUGGCAAAGGAUCAGCGAUGCUGUUAGUGCCCAGGGUCCAGGAAAAAAGGAUGUCGAUCAGCUGAAGAAGCGUUACGACAUUAAACGUUUCGCCAAAGCUAAAUUGGCCAGAGAAAAAAAUUUGGCACGUGCUACCGGAGGUGGACCAGCAUAUGUGGCAGACCUCAAUGAUUAUGAGCAGAAGCUUGUUCAGCGUCUGGGACCAGAGAUCAUCACUGGCAUAACGGAUGAUUGUGACAGUGAUUUAAGAGCAACACCAACAACACAAGCAGAGCCUGUGAGGAGUAACAACGAAGUGCCCACUUGUUCUACUUCGUCUUCUGCUGUUUCCAGACCACCCAGUGCAGCUGGUUCCAGACCUUCGGCCAGUUUUUCACAUGGCCAAUUCAUACGCUCCACAUCUAAUGUUACACACACGACUUCAUCGGCGGACACACUUCCUGAUGUAAGGACCAGCACUCCAGAAACUGGUGUUGGCAGAGCAACUGGUGAUUUGGGACGUCUUUUCCAGAGAUUGACUGGACAUUCAUCUCCAUUAUUUGAUGAAGAAGAAAACUCAUCAAGGGAGAUCACUAUCAAUCUCAUGCCAAUAGUGGAUAAUCCCAUUCAAGAUGAACCACCAGGAGGGCAUGAUGGAAGCGAGACUCCAGAUAUUCUUGAAGAAUGUGGAGAUGCACAACCGGAUGAAAUACACACACCGGAAAACCUGGAGGAACCUGUUGAAACACAGGCACCACCAAUUGCACUGGAAACAGGUGGUGUAAAUAUUGAUAUUACACCGGCAGAAGGACUAUUGGCCGAUGUGGGAUUAAGGGAAAUGUUGACCCUUGCAAGGCAAUACAGAGAGGACCACAGAGAUAUGCAAAAUAUUAUUAACACUAAUAUUGACCGCUGGGCAGCUCUGUCAGAAAAAUUUGAACUGGAAAUGCAAAGGAAUGACAUUGAAAGGCAGAAAUUACAGCUGCAAAGAGAAAUGUUCCAGUGGCAGAGACGGAUGGAUGAAGAGAAAAACCUGCAAAUUAACAGAGCUUUAGCCAUCAGUGAAAGGACAUUACAAUCUCUGUUGUCUAUUGUCAGUGAAAGGGAGGGUACAACAGACCCAAAGAGGCCACGUCUGCAGUGAACAUUUCAUUUAUUAUUUAUAACACCUUAGUCCCUAAAGUUUUAUUUUAUGUUAAUUGUUUUCUUCUAUAUAUUUUUUAAUUAGUUAUUAUUUGUGUUCUUUAAGUUUAAAAUGUUAUUGUUUAAUAAAGACAAAUUUUUUAUGCCCCAAAAA